AACAGGUCAAACCGUCUGACAAGACGCUUCGGCUAAGUUUGUUUUGAGCCGCCAGAACGACUCACGUGUAACAUUUUUCAUACAAAUGCUUCAACUUUUUCGAUAUGUAUUCAACCCUGUGCUCAACUCGACAUUUCUAGUCUGUUUUGGUCUUGAAAAUCAAUUCUAAACCAAGCAAAUGUGAUGUUCUGCUCACCCCUGUUGUCCCAGGAAAAUUAUAUUUACAUCACUGGAAGAAUCCUUAAAUUAUCUUUGCUGGCAUUAAAAUCAUUAUUUGAAUUUAUGCACGACACACACACGAGCACGGCAUCCAUUUUAAUCAGUGUUAUGAAGUAAACGUCACCCCCCGAGUCGUUCGAUGAUUUAUAGACAAUAAACAAUUGCCAAACCAUCACUCUUUUGGUUUGUCAUUUUGUAAAAAUAAAAAAAAGUGAUUUUUAAGAACCUUUUCGCGCAAAUGACGUCAGCCUUGUGUCCCCACCUGCUCGCACGUUGUUCUCACAAUGUUAGCCAUGUAGCCGGUUAGCAUCGCGUUGCGCGCCGCCGCCAUCAUUCAACAUUUCCCGAGCGGCUCGGCUCGUGGCAACACCUUCAACGCUUUUAUUUAAGAUAUUUAUGUUGCCAAAAUGAGGAAGUCCACUCUGAACUGGACCGCGAGAGACCAUAAACCCGAGCUAAAGCGACGCUCCGAGGAGAGAAUAUCCGGCCAGCGAGCGCCGAUGCUCGGUCGGAGAUGAGGAGGAGCACCGAGGAAGAGGCUGGAAGUCUUGAGCGUGGCAACUAAAAAAAAAAAAAACAACAAAAAAAAAAAAAAGAGGAAGCGAGGACGGCGAACGAGACAUGGAUGAUCCAGCUCGACGCCGUUUUCCGACAGCCCACGGAUGAUUUAUUGAGUUAGUUCGUCGGAGGAGGGGAAGCGAUACCUCGAGCUAGCCUCGGCGACUUGACAUUAUUUUUGUUCCCCUUUUUUCGCGGAUUCGACAAAACGUCGCGUAUUGUCACGAAGAUCGCGAUUCGACGGCGUCGCGGACUGACGUGUGGGUGUUAAAUGGUGGCCGAAGACGAUUUUUUCUGUCUUUUUUCUUGUUGUCUGAGGUGGACGUCGCUUGCCCAUAAAACAAACAAAAAAAAUGAAUUAAGAUAAUGUUCGGUCGCCGUUGUAGGCGUGUUACAAAAGGAUGACAGUGACACGAGUGUGCGUGUCCGUGGAUAACUGAAGCGUUCUUAUUUUUGUCUUCUCUCGUGUGUGUGUGUGUGUUAAAAAAAAAAGAGAGGGACCAAGUGGACUUGUCAAAUAUGGAUCGCGUGUUGGACCUGAGUGGCUCCAUUGUGCCUCGCUGCGUUUAGAUGCUCGCGGUGCGGUCGCGAGCAAUUUUUUGCCAAUCUCGGAGGAACAAAGUAAAAAGAAAAGAAGAAAGAAAGAAGGAUAGCAGCCAUGCGGAUUUCGUCUUUUUUGGCCAUGUUGCGGCCGGCUCUACCCUUGAUCCUCGGCCUGUCUCUGGGCUGCAGCCUGAGCCUGCUGAUGGUGUCCUGGACCCAGGGGGGCGCCGGCGACCCCUGCGGGGGCGAGCUGGCCGACGGGGUGAAGCCUUACCUGGGCAGGGGGGAUGCUCGGAGGGACCCCGGGGAUGACGGAGGAGGAGGAGGCGGCGGAGACGACGACGACGACGACUUCCAGCCUCGCAUCGUGCCCUACCACAAGGACCCGAACCAGCAACCCAAAAAAGUCCUGAGAACCCGCUACAUCCACACGGAGCUGGGCAUCCGCGAGCGGCUCCUGGUGGGCGUGCUGACGUCCCGCGCCACCCUCAACACGCUGGCGGUGGCGGUCAACCGCACGGUGGCCCACCACUUCCCGCGGACCUUCUUCUUCACGGGCCUGCGCAGCGCCAAGGUGCCGCACGGCAUGGCGGUGGUGGCGCACGGCGACGAGCGGCCCGUCUGGCUGAUGUACGAGACGGUGCGCCACCUGCACCGGCAGCACGGCGACGACUACGACUGGUUCCUGCUGGCCCAGGACGACACGUACAUGCAGGCGCGGCGGCUGAUCCGGCUGGCCGACCACCUCAGCGCCGGCUGGGACCUCUACAUGGGCCGCGCCGAGGAGUUCAUCGGCGGCGAGGAGAAGGCGCGCUACUGCCACGGCGGCUACGGCUACCUGCUGUCGCGCGGGCUGCUGGCCCGGCUGCAGCCGCACUUGGACGCCUGCCGCAACGACAUCCUCAGCGUGCGGCCCGACGAGUGGCUCGGCCGCUGCAUCAUCGACUACCUCGGCCUCAGCUGCGUCGAGGUCCACCAGGAGACGACUUACCGCUACUUCGAGCUCGGCAAGAACGCCGACCCGGAGCGCGAGGACGGCGCCCGGUUCCGGGAGGCCCUCACCGUGCACCCGGUGUCCGAGCCCAACCUCAUGUACCGGCUGCACAAGCGCUUCAGCCAGCUCGAGCUGGACUCGACCUACGCCCAGAUCCGGGAGCUGCAGAUGCAGAUCAGCAACCUGAGCGAGCUGACGCCCGAGGGCCCGGCGGGCCUGACGUGGCCCGUGGGAAUCAACCCGCCCUUCACGCCGCGCACCCGCUUCGAGGUGCUCAACUGGGAGUACUUCACGGAGGAGCACAUCUUCUCGUGCGCCGACGGCUCGCCCAAGUGCGAGCUGCGCGGCGCCGACCGGGUGGACGUGGGCGCCGUGCUGGAGGUGGCGCUGGAGCGCCUCAACGCCCGCUACCAGCCGCGCCUGCGCUUCCUCAAACGCCGCCUGCUCAACGGCUACCGGCGCUUCGACCCCACCCGCGGGAUGGAGUACAUCCUGGACCUGGCGCUGGAAGCGUACACGCAGAAGGGCCACAGCCAGGUGAUCGCCAAGCGGGUCCACCUGCUGCGCCCGCUCAGCGCCGUGGAGAUCAUCCCCAUGCCGUACGUGACGGAGGCCACGCGGGUGCAGCUCAUCCUGCCCGUCACGGCGCAGGAGCGCGAGCACGUGGCCGCCUUCCUGGACACGUACGCCGCCAACGCGCUGGACACGCACGACAACGCCCUGCUGACCGUGCUCUUCGUCUACGACCCGUUCGAGGCGCAGCGCGUCAGCCGCGAGGACGUGUUCGCCGGGGCCAAGGCGGCCGUCGGCGAGGCGGAGAAGCGCUACCCGGACGUGAAGAUCCCGUGGAUCAGCGUCAAGACGGAGGUGCCCUCGCAGGUCAAGCUGAUGGACGUCAUCUCCAAGAAGCACCCGGUGGACACGCUCUUCUUCCUGGCCAGCGUCUGGACCGAGGUCAACGCCGACUUCCUCAACCGCUGCCGCAUGAACGCCAUCAGCAGCUGGCAGGUCUUCUUCCCGGUCCACUUCCAGGAGUUCAACCCGGCCGUGGUCCAGCAGCCCUCCGCCUCGCCCAACGCCGACGCGCUGCGCGACGGCCACUUCGACCGCCGCGUCUUCGACGAGGCCUGCUUCUACAACGCCGACUACAUGAGCACGCGGGCCAAGAUGGCCGCCGAGGCGCUGGACAACGAGGAGCUGCUGGAGAGCAUGGACGUGUACGACGUCUUCGUGCGCUACUCGGGCCUGCACGUCUUCCGGGCCGUGGAGCCGGCGCUGGUCCAGAAGUACGUGCAGCGCCAGUGCAACCCGCGCUUCAGCGAGGACAUCUACCACAGGUGCGUGCUCAGCAACCUGGAGGGACUCGGAUCCAGAUCCCACCUCGCCAUGGCGCUCUUCGAGCAGGAGCAGGCCAACAGUACCUAGCGACUGCGCUUCUGCUGCGACGCCCAUAAAAUUAUGAAUUCAUAAAGAGCUGCUGGAAAUCCA